AUGGUCUCACAAACAUUCAAAAUACUCCUCCUGAUACUGAUAACGCCAGUGAUAGCCAAGAAAGUAAAGCUAGGUCCACACUGGCACCACCGCGAGCGCACGACGUGCGAGGAGUUUGGGCGGUACGCGCGUUUCAACCCCUACUCGAUGACCAACGAGUCCUGGUUCGUGUUCUAUUACUGGGCCCCGCAGCCGGACUCCUUCCAUUUCCGAUUUGAUUUGCCCACGAAGAAAGUGAGUGAAAACCUUUACUUUUUCUUGAGAAGCUAUAGCUGCUAUACAUUCAAUAAUAAAAAGAAUUAUACCUACCUCCACAAAAACCUGGACAACCGUGUGACCAUUCCCGUCAACUGGACGGCUAAACACGUCAUGCUUAGAAUAGGGGAGGACCUAUCACUACUAGUGGAACUAGGAGACAGAGGACAGUACUUGAUGUAUAACGUGAAGUCGGCUCUGGGACGACAACUAACACCGUUGGAGGUUCGAAUGAAACAGACAGGAGAUAAUAAGAUCGUUGGUAUGAUGAUUUGCAAGAAAGAAACAGUAUUUGCCAUGGCGCGACUAAAAGAAUUGCCUCGUAAGAAUGAGCUCCAGGACGCAGCAGGACGCCUCAACUACCGGAGCCGCGGUGGCAAAUCCUAUCUCUACCAAGGUACGAUCGUCUUGCCAUGAAGUAAUGUAUUUGCCUCGUAGUAAACGAGUUGCCUCGUCAGAA